AUGUGCUUGGACGUCAUUGUAAACGAUUUUACAUCACUGAUAGUCAUUCAUCAGGACCCUGAUACGAAAUAUUUUAGCUAUUCCUGGCAAAAUUUUCCUUCAAACAUUCGGAUUCCACCCCAACUGGCAAAGGAGUUAAUUAAAAGAUUGAAAAUUUGUGGCAAAUUUAGUCCAAGUCUGUUUACAACGGACUAUACAAUGCUGAGCUCCUUUGAACUUAACAAUCUUCGGUUCGAUUACCAUUGGUGCUCUCCUGAGUCUCUGAAAAGUCUUCAAAUGAGGAGUUUAAAUAUUGCUCAUGCAAGCCGAAUUACAUUUAAGAAAAUCGUCUCUAACUUGAAUAGUGAAACUCGUGAGAACCUUACUAGUCUGAACAUAACUGGUAUGAGAAAAGUGGAUGCUUCGGGUUUUUUCCAUCUGAGAAACUUGAGCAGUUUGGAUAUUAGCUACACAAGGGCUACUGCGGAAGAUCUGCAAUUUAUAGUCACAGCAUGUUCACAUCUGAAAUACCUCGAUAUUUCAGUCACCCCUAUUGAAGAUAUAAGUUGUCUCCUUUCACUGAAAGACCAACUAGAGGGUCUCUUCAUGCAUUUCCAAAUACUGCCAAAGGGUCGAGUGUUGAAAAAGAUGAUAUCGAUAAUCGUGCAGCUGGUGGAACUUCGGAGACUUGAAUUUUCGUGUACCGAGAGACAAAACCGUCCUUUUCCACCUUUGACGCAUUUUUGCUCAAGUAAUGCUCUAAUCCAUCUGGAGCAUUUCGAUAUUAGUGGCAAUCCACUUUCCUUUCCUCCGAUUACAAUUAGGCACUUUAUCGAGAAUCACCCGAAGGUUGAAUUUCUCGGGCUGGCGUUUUGGCCGAGCUUUGAUGAUGCUCAGGAAAUUUAUGAGAUUGUUUCGCAACAUCCGCACAUAGUGGUAUCCGGCGAUACCUCUGAGGAGUUAUUGGUAGAAAAAUUGAGGCGCUACGGGAAACGGCUCGAAUUAUGUGAUUAUAUGCUAAGGGGUUUCAGUUUCGAGUCGCAUCAUCGAGAAAUAGUGAGUCCGUCAAUUCUCAAAGCCGUUCUAAAUAUAGGGGAGGUGAUCCCUAAUGAUCCUAUCUUGAACGAUCGUCUCCACGAGGCUGUAACUUACAUAAUGGAAAAUUUGAAUGUGGAUGAUUUAACGUUUGAACUUUGCCAACAAGUAAUGCAAUAUACGCUGAGUUAUAUCCUUCGAUUUGAAAGUGGUUAUCAGCUUCUACGCUUGCUGAUUAAUAAAUUUGGGAUAAUCCCAGAUGGAACCUACUUAAAUAUUCAAUCCAAAUGUUUCUACAUGUUAUUCUUGAUGAGAUACAUCGAUGAAAUGGGUGGGCAUGAAGUGGAUGUCGACAUAUUUCACCCCAUGGAAAUGCUCUCAGCUCCAACUGGACAAAUUCGAGAAAAUCCCGAUGUCAUUUGGUCACUGUAUAAGAGUCUUAAGGGAAGCGAAGUUGCUCGCAUAACAUUCCAGGCUAUAGAUGGUUUGGGAACAUUAGGAGGUGUUGAGCGAGUAAGUUUGUCUCAUUUACAUAAAUCUGUAAUUUUAACACUGAUCCUACGCAACUGGCACAAUUCUCAGAGCCAAUUUUACGAAUUCUGCCUAAUUCUCCAUGGUCCAUCUUUUAAAAGAAGCUACAUGGCAUCAAGGAUUAUCCGCAACCUUAUUUCUUUUGCUGCGGAUGACUGGAACUCCACAUUUUAUUUCCACAAGAACGAUAUCCUCGAGGCAUUUGGGAAAGCGAUUUGCCAAUGGGAACCUCCAUUCGAUUUAUCGCAUGAAGAAAUGCCCCCAUUGGGUCGCUUGGAAUAUAUCCUCGCUAAACGAACAUCUCGCCUGGAAGUGAAACUGUGGGCACUCUGGUCCAUUCGUCAUUUAUACGCUAGUGGUAUGGUUUCCUACUAG